AUGGUUCGUCCACAAUUCUCGAAGACUUUGUUCAACACCCCAAAACCACCCGAGAGCGAGGAUUGUCUGCGCAUCAACGUCUUUGCGCCGGACUCUACGUCAAACGCCACCCGGGCAGUGUUGGUCUUCAUCCAUGGCGGGGGCUACCAGAUGGGCCACGCAAGGAUCGAUCUCUCCCCUUUCGCAGCGUAUGAGGACAUCAUCGUGCGUUUCGCUUUCGAGUGGAUUCAGCAGAACAUCGAGGCCUUUGGAGGUGAUCCCACCAAGGUCACUAUCUGGGGCCAGUCGGCAGGGGCUCUCUCAGUCGACCAGCAUCUCAAGGCGUAUGCCACCGAACUGCCUCUACCGUUUCGCGCCGCAAUCAUGUCGAGUGGCCAAACAAGCUUCGGUCUGCUCGCAUCACCUCCUCCGAGUGAUGGAAAAGAGUGGUCGGCACUUGCUUCCGCCGUUGGCUGUGCGAACUCGACUGGCGGCAUGGAUUGCAUGAAGAAGAUUCCGUCUGAGGACCUUGUCGAGGCCAUGUCGAAACACAGCAUUUCAUUCGGGCCUGAACUAGAUUAUGUCACCGUCUGGGGUAGUCCUGCUGAGCUGUGGAGGAGCGGCCGGGUUACCAGAGUCCCAAUACUGACCGGAACAGUGGCUGAAGAGGGAAGGAGCCUUGUGAAUGAUGAGGUUGACCUCGCGAGCUGGCUUGAAGCAAAUCUACCGGAUGGUCUGAUCAAGGAAGAAGACAGAGAGGUGAUAGUGUCAGUCUAUCGCUCCACUGGCUUGACAACCGACUUCGAUAUUGCCUCAGCUAUAACCACAGACUUCCUUUGGUUAUGUCCUCAAUCUAUUCUGUCAUCCACGGCAGCCUCCCACAAGAUUCCAUCAUGGCGCUAUUACUUCAACACCUCCAUUCUCAACUUCUUCCCUGAGGAGUACGCUUGGCUCGGCAAGUUUCAUGGCUCAGAGGCCAUCCUUCUUUUCACUGAUCCUAGCAACACGAUCUAUACACCCCAAUCCUACGCAGUAUAUGAGUACCUCAGGGGCGCGAUCGGGCGAUUUGUCAAGGAACCUAAUGCGGGCCCAGGAUGGCCAGCCGUUGGUUCGCAAUACGCACCUCUAGAUCUUGUCGUUUUAGGGGAUGUCGGCAACGUUCAAACUGCUGUGACGCCGUUCAAUACCACCAUCUUGGACGAGAGGUGUGGCUUGUACAAGGAUAUCUACUCAAAGUUGGAGGCCAUGUCUGGCUAA